AUGUCGGAGCUGGCGCUGGAGGAGCUGUCGGCUCUCGCCGCCAUCUACUGCGAGCCGGACGCCUGCGAGGUGCUGGCGGUCUCAGAGACGCAUGGAAUCACAUUUAGAAUUCAAAUCAGCGUGAAAGAACUGCUGGAUACAGAUGUACUUUUAAAGCUGUUAUUUCAUUUACCUGUCAAUUAUCCAUCAACUCUACCAGAUAUUUCUGUUAACUCAGAGCAGCUUACAAGGGCCCAGUGUAUGGACGUGAAAGAUAAAUUACUUGAACAAGCAAAGAAGCAUCUUUCUGAACCCAUGGUACACGAUCUGAUUCUUUGGAUACAGCAGCAUCUUAAAUAUGUCAUUAAGGAAUCAGCAACAGUUUGCAAUGAAAAAAAUACUUUGUCAAAAGGAACAAGUACAGAGGAUGGUAUCUGGAUGCUCCUUUUGCAUUUAGAUCACAUGAGAGCAAAGGCAAAAUACGUCAAAACUGUGGAAAAAUGGGCUUCAGAUCUAAGGCUGACUGGAAGACUGAUGUUCAUCGGCAAGAUAAUAUUGAUUCUUCUUCAGGGUGACAGGAGCAACAUUAAGGAGUACUUGAUUCUUCAGAAAACUUCUAAGGUAGAUGUGGACUCAAGCGGAAAGAAAUGCAAAGAGAAAAUGAUUAGUGUACUGUAUGAGACAAAAGUACAGUCACAGCAUAAAAGGUUUCAGACGUUUGAAGUCAAAGAAUAUUCAACACUGGAUGAGCUACAAAAGGAAUUUGAAACUGCAGGACUUACAACUCUUUUCUCUGAGUUUGUGCCUCCUCUCUUAAAAUAAAAUUAAAAGAAAACACUGGACUCUUUGACCAAAGCAGUAGUUGACUGCAGAUGCUGACGGAAGAUAAAAGGACUAAUAUGGCAAACAACGUUAAAGCUUUUCUGCAAAAAACGCCAGAAGUAGCCAUCCUCUUGCAAGAAGGAGAAGGCAAUUCAUAUAUUAAGAAUUGAUAAUUUUUUGACAUUUAUGUAUUGAUAACUUUUUCCAAGGAAUGUGGAGUUAAUUGUGAUAAUUGCAUGGCAAGCAUGACAGAUUGG